CCAAUUCCACCCCCGAUUCCACCGCCAAUUCCACCCCCGAUUCCACCGCCGAUUCCACCCCCGAUUCCACCAUCAAUUCCACCGCCAAUUCCACCGCCGAUUCCACCGCCAAUUCCACCCCCGAUUCCACCGCCAAUUCCACCCCCGAUUCCACCGCCGAUUCCACCGCCAAUUCCACCGCCAAUUCCACCCCCGAUUCCACCGCCGAUUCCACCGCCAAUUCCACCCCCGAUUCCACCGCCAAUUCCACCCCCGAUUCCACCGCCGAUUCCACCGCCAAUUCCACCUCCGAUUCCACCGCCAAUUCUACCGUCGAUUCCACCGCCAAUUCCACCCCCGAUUCCACCGCCAAUUCUACCCCCGAUUCCACCGCCAAUUCCACCGUCGAUUCCACCGCCAAUUCCACCCCCGAUUCCACCGCCAAUUCCACCCCCGAUUCCACCGCCAAUUCCACCCCCGAUUCCACCGCCAAUUCCACCCCCGAUUCCACCGCCAAUUCCACCCCCGAUUCCACCGCCAAUUCCACCCCCGAUUCCACCACCAAUUCCACCCCCGAUUCCACCGCCGAUUCCACCCCCGAUUCCACCGCCAAUUCCACCGUCGAUUCCACCGCCAAUUCCACCCCCGAUUCCACCCCCGAUUCCACCGCCAAUUCCACCCCCGAUUCCACCGCCAAUUCCACCCCCGAUUCCACCGCCAAUUCUACCCCCGAUUCCACCGCCGCUUCCACCCCCGAUUCCACCGCCAAUUCCACCCCCGAUUCCACCGCCAAUUCCACCCCCGAUUCCACCGCCAAUUCCACCCCCGAUUCCACCGCCAAUUCCACCCCCGAUUCCACCGCCAUUUCCACCACCAAUUCCACCGCCAAUUCCACCGCCAAUUCCACCCCCGAUUCCAACCCCGAUUCCACCGCCAAUUCCACCCCCGAUUCCACCGCCAAUUCCACCCCCGAUUCCACCGCCGAUUCCACCGCCAAUUCCACCCCCGAUUCCACCCCCGAUUCCACCGCCAAUUCCACCCCCGAUUCCACCGCCAUUUCCACCACCAAUUCCAUCGCCAAUUCCACCCCCGAUUCCAACCCCGAUUCCACCGCCAAUUCCACCCCCGAUUCCACCGCCAAUUCCACCCCCGAUUCCACCGCCGAUUCCACCGCCAAUUCCACCCCCGAUUCCACCCCCGAUUCCACCGCCAAUUCCACCCCCGAUUCCACCGCCAUUUCCACCACCAAUUCCACCGCCAAUUCCACCCCCGAUUCCAACCCCGAUUCCACCGCCAAUUCCACCCCCGAUUCCACCGCCAAUUCCACCCCCGAUUCCACCGCCGAUUCCACCGCCAAUUCCACCCCCGAUUCCACCGCCAAUUCCACCCCCGAUUCCACCGCCUCCACCGCCAAUUCCACCGCCGAUUCCACCGCCGAUUCCACCGCCAAUUCCACCCCCGAUUCCACCGCCGAUUCCACCGCCAAUUCCACCCCCGAUUCCACCGCCGAUUCCACCGCCAAUUCCACCCCCGAUUCCACCGCCAAUUCCACCCCCGAUUCCACCGCCAAUUCCACCCCCGAUUCCACCGCCAAUUCCACCGCCGAUUCCACCGCCAAUACCACCUCCGAUUCCACCACCAAUUUUACCGUCAAUUCCACCAUCCUACCUGGACUGCCCUCCUUUGGUUAAACCUUGGGCAGUCACUCCAAGUGGGUGUCACCUCUGGCAGACUGUGGAGCCCAACGUCCACCUGUGA